UGCCCAGGUAGGUUGUAGAGUCUCCUCUGGAAAUAUUAAAAACCUGUCUGGACACUUUCCUGUGCGACCUGCUGCAGGCAACUACUUCUGUGGGAGGUUGAACUGGAGUAUCUCCAGAGGUCCCUUCAACCCCUAUGACUCUGUGAGUCUGUGAAAUGUCAAAAUAAGUGCAGUUGAAGAUAUAAACUGAUGUAAGUGAUGGAGUUAGAGUUUUUCAUGUUUCUUCCUGCCCUACAUUUCAAAUCACGGAUCAAACAUUGAUGUUUGCUGGUCCCUGCAGGAAGGCAGUCAGCCUUUGAUGCUGUAGCAGUCAGGUAUGCAUUGUGUGAGCUGGAAUGGGGUCCUUGUGACCAGGAGCCCAGGGAGAGGCUGGAAGGAGCUGCCAAGGCAUGCAGCUCUUUGUCACCGGGGGGAUGGUGCUGUGAAUAAUUUCAAGUCCACCCAUUUUUCCACCUGUUAUGGCCAUCUGUCUUCUCUCAGGAUACUGGUAAGAGUGUAGGCUUGCUCUUUGUUGAAAGGUGUUUACUCUAGCAGCACACAAGUCUUCAGUAUGGUUUGGAAAGACUUAGGGAGGAGUAGAAUGUUUUUGACAAGAAAUAAAAAGGAAUGUGGUUCUAUCCCUAUGAAAGUUACGUAAAUUGUGCAUGCUGUUCUUUCAUGCAAAGUGCAGUUCCUUUGGUGAUCACUAAGGGGUGAGGUUCAACCAUGAAGAUUUCAUUGUAAAGAUCUGCAAGUUUCUUGAAGUUCUUCUGUCAGUGUUUUGUUUCAAAAUCAUGAUAGAGCUAACACACACACACACACACCAGCAAAGUCUGGAGAGCAUCUCCACAUCCCUAUAGAGACCGCUCUCACCCUGCCAGGAGGCUUUGAUGCAAAAGGACGUAGUUCCAGUAAAUCUUCAAUGUUUUUCAGUUUUGAAGGUUCUGAGGGUGAAGAUCAGAAAUAACUAUUUGCUUGUCAAUCAGAGGUGUCCAUUUUAAAGCUGUCAGACCCCUCUGACAUCGUCCAAGGUCUUGCUUCAUAUCUUAUUGGAGCUAUUUCCUAUACAAUAGCUGUAGAAUGGUUUGGAAAGCCUCACAGGAAGCAUAUUUCACAGAUUUCAUGUCCUUGCUUCUUUUGAUAGAUCAGAAUGCCCUUCCAGAAAUACUAAGGGAGAAUAAGACAAUGGAAAUAACACUAGGAAAGGAAAACACAAUGAUAUACCUCAAAGGGGGAAGAUUAUAGUGUGAGGCAGUCCCAGUUUGAAGAGUGAAUCACUGUGCCUACUCAAAAGUGUGAUCAGAAUGUUUCUAAAGGGUAAUAGGAAUACCAAAACUCCAGCAAUUUAUAUCUAUUUUUUUAAGAUAAUUGAUGACCACUUGAAGGCUGAAAGGAGGAACUAUGAGUGUGAACACACCUAAGAAGUUUUCGUUUUAUUGUGGCUUGGGCCUGUUGGUUUUCCCCAAGCCACUCACAUGCUCAAAGGUUAGCCUGUGUGGCAACUCAGUAAAUGAUAAACAAAAACUUUUCUAACAUGAUCACAGUUGACAGUGCCAUCAUCAUUUGCAAAAACAUAACCCACCUAAUCAGAAAACAGAAACGUAAGACUGUGUGUGCCAGUAACAUUUUGAUUAGCAAAUGAGGUCUCACUGACUGACUUGAUGAAGGGUGAAGAUGUGACCCACGGGACAAGAUUUGUAUUGGUUUCAGCAACGUGAUCCCAGCUGUCAGAAAAAGAGAAGCACAGAGGUAGACAUGACAAAGCAAAAACGACACAAACACAGUGACUCAGAGCAGCCCAGUGAGCCACCUCAACCUGUGUCCAUCUCUCCCUGGGCUCCUGUUCUGGCUGAGGCCUUGAGGCAGCAGCAGCUCCUGGUGCUACAGUGCAUUUGCAGACUCUGAGCUGUGGUGGCCAUUCCUCCUACUCUGCACUUGGUUCUGGCUCCAGGACCACCCAGCUGUCACCCAGAGACAUAGCCAGGGUAGAGAUGUGGAUUUUAGUUUAAUCCCUUGACAAAACCUCACAAGAAAGGUGCUUCUGAAAAACCCAGCCUUGUAAACCCUGUCUCUCUGGUGGCCUGACUGGGAAACCUAGGUUUCCAGCUCUGAUGCUUGUCAGAAUUUUUGUUAUUCAGCUGAAUGCACGUCAGGCAGAAAGAGUUUACGAGACACUUCUUACCGUAUACACAGAAUGGAAUGUCCCCAGAGAGAGAGCAAGGCAUAUAAAAAAGGGGAAGCCGUGGUGCGAUAGAUCAGUUGCUUGCUUGUUGGUCUUGGGUACGAAGCUGGGAUGAUGACCACUUGCCUGCUCCUCUCUGGCCUCUGGGCCCUCACCUCAGGCUCUGUGCAGGUGAUGCACAGAAAGGUGCAGUCGGUCCAGGCAGGUGGAAAUAUUACUUUCUCAUGCCAGUCAGUCACAAAAGAAGACAUAAUACAAGUGACCUGGCAGAAGGAGAUGGAUGGGGCUGAAGACAACAUUGCAACUUACAGCACAAUGAAUGGACAAAAGAUAGCAAAGGGCUACGAUGGCCACGUGAGCUUUGCCCACAGUGAGCUGCAGGCCUCAGCCAUCUCCCUUCACCGAGUCACCCUGCAAGAUGAAGGAUGCUACAAGUGCAUCUUCAACACCUUUCCUUCGGGAGCUGUCACUGGCAGGAUGUGCCUCAAGGUUUACGCCAUCUCAGACCCCAAAGUGGAAGCCAAGCUUAUACCCCAUCCUGACAAAGCUGAAGUCUCUGAGGAAGUGGUGGGGAUGAGCUGCUCAGCAACAGGGAAGCCAGCUCCAAAAAUUACUUGGCACCUUCCCAGCACCCUGCUGCAGAAACCAAAGGAGUACCACAUCAAGCUCAGCAACCAGACCAUCACUGUCAUCAGCAACUUCACCCAUGCCCACUCCAAAAUCCUCAAGGAGUACCCCAUUGCCUGUGUGAUCCAGCACCCAUCUCUAAAUGUGACCCUGUCCUUGCCCAUGGACAAUCUGACACAAGGUCAGAACAGUAUCAUGGCACCAACCCUAGCCAUUGUUGUGGGGGUGCUUGUCCCUCUGAUGUUCCUCCUCACAUUGCUCCUUUACUUCUGCCUGAGACACCUUCAUGACCCAGAGAGGAACCCAGCCUGGCCUUGCUGGGUAGGUCUGUGUUCCCUCGCCGAGGAACAGCAAAGUUCAAAUGGGAACCAUACCCUUAUAUCACUCUUCUGCAUGGCUAGGCCAUGCCUUCAAGGAUGUGUCUUGAAUAGGAGGGGGGAUCUUGAAGAGGAGCAUGCCACAGUGCGUUGCUUAGGAUGGGAAUCGCAGCCAAAUGUGACCCUUCUGGGUUCUGUGAAGGAUGCAAGAUCAAAACUGGAUCAGACCCAGCUGGAUGCUGCCACAUGACUAAAUCCUGUUUUGUGUUGAAGGCACCUUAGCCUUUCUGCAGAAUGUGCCUGAGACACGCACCUUUGCCUCUAAUUAAUGUUGUGGAGAAAAAAUAAGGCAGUGGCAGGAAGUACAAUGCAUUUCAUCCACUGAUGCUAUUUUUCUAAGUCCAAGCUGAGGUCUGCUAAGGGGGUUGUGAGAGGAAAGGCUCUGCCUACCAUGCUUGAGCACUGACAGACACAAAGCCUGAUUUGGUAAUGCAGGCAGCCCAAGUCUGAACCCCUGCUCUUAAAACAUCCAUAUAUUUUUCAAAAAGUGAAAAAAAACAUCUCUUCUGCUAGGUCCUUGCUGUGUGUGUCAAAGAGAGAACAUGUGGAUGGUCCAUGCUUACUGGCAAGCGGGCUACCACUGCAAUGCCCAACACGUGAGCUCCUGCAUGCCCUGCACAUGGACAUCUUGGACUGUCAUGUAGACCUGCUGUGACAUCACACCAAAGGAAUUACAGAGGGGCAAAAAAAAAGUGUGUUUUAUAAUGCUUAUUUAUUUUCCUAGACAACCGCAUUCCGUUUUGUAGAAGAAAAGCUGUGAAUAUUUAUUUGAGACUCUAAGACUGUUGGCUGUGUGUGUCUGUAAUCCAACUUCUAUGCUGCACUUAUUCUCUUCCCACAUUUCAACAUCCCAGGUUCCAAGCGGAGUGAGGGCUGUCCGAGGCAGUGUGGUAUUUUGUGGGACAGUGAUUUAAAGGUACUGCUCCAGGUGGAGGGAAGCAGAAGGAGUGUGGGACUCUGCUGGCAUUACUGAAAGCUGCCAGGAACCUUCUCACCAGCGGGCAUGGGAGAUGGAGCGUGUCUGCAGCUGGAUCAGACUUGUAACCCUAGCGGUAGGCUCCAGGCCAUCAGACACCAGGAAGUUACCACCCUUUCCUAGAAAGUUAUUUACAGGCAAAGGGAAGUUUCCUUCUCCUUCUGCGGUUUCCACAGCCAAUUUUUCAUUUCCCUAAUCUAAUACAGCUGCCUCCUGUUUCCACAUAUCACACCUGCCCGGGGGAAGAAGCAGGGGAAUUUAAGGAGUGUUUGGAAGGGUGUCAGGUAGAGCAACUUCCUCUCUACUCCCGUCCUCCUGGCUCCAUGCAGCAAGUGUAUGCUAUCUGAUUUUCCCUUGCAUAUCUACUUCGUGUGUACUUCCCGGAUGAAGCAGGCUAUUUGGAGGCUGAAAAGCUGAGUCAAGUGAAAUGAAAGAGUGGGUGAGCUGAGAAUUAAUAAACCCACUUCUUGUCACAAAAAGCUUUUAUAGAAUCCCUAAUGCUUAGUAAUAGCUGAUCUAAUGAUUGCAAGGAAAGGGGAACCAGCUACAGACCAGCAGCUCUUGCAAUUGGGAAUUUUUCUCUUGAGCCCCAUAACUGUCAAAGGAAGAAACCUGACUUUUUCCCAACUUGCCCACAACUGCAAUUGAGGUUUCCUCCACACCUGUAUGGGAGGGAAGCGGGCCUUUCCCAGGAGCAUUUUGUAUCCAAUAGGAUGCAAGCAAAGGAGCACUGCUCUAGGGUUCCUGGGCUGUGCUGUGUCAGAUCUCUCUGCUUGAUAGGGUCUGCACUUGGCCUUCAGGUAUUGAGUUAAUUUUUUCUAACACUUGUUAAGGUUGUUUUUAAGAGAGGAUACUACAAAUAUUUUGAUUAAUGGGCUUUUUUAUUUUUUCUUCUUUUUUUUUUUUUUUUUUUUUUUUGAAAUGAAGGAAAGUAUAGAAAGGUCUGUUGCAGAAAUGGGGAGUUUAGACAUGGGAAUGAAAAGAAUUUUCAGAAGGAUGAUGAAAAGGCACAAAGAUAACAAAAAAACCC